AUGGCUUCUCUUUCUACCGAACAAUCCUCAGCUAGGCGGACUUUUGCCAACGCCCACCUUCCCUCUCAAGCCCAUGGCCUUGUUUCUGCUGAACCUCAGCAGCUGUCUGCAGCUUCUGUCAGCCUGCAAUCUUCUCACCCCGACCAUGCCGGCAACCAAAUCGGCCAGUCAUCUUGUAACGACGUGAGCCCUUCUGCUUCACCAGGAAACUUUACGUCUUCUGUCUCGAACGAGCAUUCCAAGCCUCCAUCCUUGGACGGCCUCGAAACAACCCCAGUCCUAGCCACACAAAUCCUCUCCGGUGCCUCUGACGAGAGCGCUACUCAGUUGUCAUCAUCGGAUGACUCGGCCAAGCCACCUAGCCUCGAUGGAAAAAGCGUGGCUUCCAUCACCACCUUUGCGAUGGACGAGAAAGAGUCGCUGAGACCGGAUGAUAGCGCCAGCGUUUUGGCUAUUGAGGAUGAUGACACUUACUCGACAUCAGCUGUCGGCUCGCGAUUGGGUUCAGAGACAGGCGCUCGUGCUUUCCGUGACCAGCUGUUGGAGAUCACUUCUAGAGGUCCUGCAUUGCGUCAAUCUGGGCCUACCUCGAGACCAAACUCAACUACCAAUGCACCUAUAGGAACACUCUAUGUUCCGCCUCCAAUCGGCAGUUCGACAGCUCUGCCUGGUUAUGUUCAGCCGCCUACCAGUUCCGGAAGACCAGAAGACGUCUUGCCUGAUGCAAAGCUUUUGGAGGCUCUCAACAAUCCCAGAGACAGGAUUUGGGUUCUCAAACUGGAGCAAGAUAUCAUCGACUUUGUUAAGGAUCCAGCUGAACAUUCCCUGGACUUGCCCCAAUGCAACUCAUUCUAUAGAAUGUUGGCUCACAAAUUGGCCGACUACUACAUCCUUGGUCAUGCUGUUGAUGGCUCCAUCUCAGCUGUUCGUUUGUACAAGACCCCGAAUUGUAGAAUUGCUCCACCUUUGACUGGAAUUGCGACGCCGCCUACGACUACCAGCACACCACCUCCCGCUGCGCCUCAAAUGAAGAUUUUGCGACGUGGUGGUGAUGCACCCUUGAACGGCCUUGCCAAAUCGAAUUCCGAUGGAGGCGACAGCGCUGAUUCAGACAAGAACAAACUCCUGACUCGUGAACAACGUGAACAGAGAUACGAGCUGGCUAGACUGCGCAUUCUUGGCUCUGCAAAACCCACUGAGGACACGCUUCUCGUCAAGGAGAAGGACGAAUCCCGCCCCAGCUCUGUUGCUGGCAAGAAAAGGCCCAAAAAGCAGCGCAGCAACAGUGAUGAUGACUUCGAAGCCAGGUCUGCUUACAGCACCUUUGUGACGCCGCAAAAUGGCGCUCCUGACGGCGGGAACAUGGUCUACUACCCCGCAUUCCCCGGGGGUUCUCAAGGGGCUCCUGGCAUGUACAAUGGCGCCCCUCCAGCUUCGGCUGCACAGAACUCAUAUAACGCUGUCUAUGGCUCCAUGACGCCUUCUCAAGUCGCCCCUUACCCAUGGCUGCAACAAGGAUACUCUGGUUACAACGAUUCCAGCAAUCAAGCCCAGCACAACGUCAAUGACCUCUCCGCUGAUUUUCAAGCCAUGGGAUUCCAGGGACAGUCUGGACCUACCUCUCCACCUCCUCAUGCUGGUACGUACGGCUAUGGCAGUCCACAAAGCCAGCAUCAGCAGCAGUACUCUGCAUGGCCUCAGAUGAUGCCCAAUCAGACUGGAUUCCCAGGUAGUCCCAACUUCGGUAGCCAGUUUGCAAGCAGACCUCAGUCCUCGGCAAGUCAUGGAUCCGCCACACAUGGCUACCCGUACGGCAUGAAUCAGAUGCAAAUGCCCGAUAACUACAUGGGAUACCCAAACCAAGCAAUGGCUGGAGCAUACAACCGUGGAAACUUCAAUCCUCAAAGUCAGGCAUUCAUUCCUGGUUAUCAGCCUCAUUAUGGCGCACAGGUGGCAUCUCCCAACAAUAGUAUGGGCUUCAACUCGGCUUAUGCUGGAUCGCAUGCACUGCAACGUCAGAAUUCGAGCCAGUCGCAGGCGUCAUCCUAUGGCGGCCAAAAUGGUGGCCAGAACAACAGCAGGCCACCUCACCCUCUGCCGCAGCCUGUCUUUUCUCCCCAUGUCCCCAUGCCUUUCCAGAACUCACAAAGACAAGCCGGCACACCUUCCCGCCCCGGCACGACUUCAGCAGGAGACACUACCGGCAGUGCACCCAGUUCGAUUGCCAAAUGGGGCACGCCGGCCUCGUUGCCUGCUAAGCCUCCUCCACCAGCGGCAAACAACUCGUUUGACAUGUCCAGGAUGCCACACGCGCAGCAGAUUGGCGCACCCUAUUCCCCUGGAGCACCAGGAAGACUUCCCGGCGUCGGAGGACAGGGGUUCCAUGCCUUGCCAUCGAUGGUUGCCAUGCGUAAUGGACAAGCACCUCAAGGCGGGCGAUAG